CUCCUCCCUCCUCCUCUUCCUCUCCCUCGCCGCCUCGGUCUCCUCUGCCCUGCUGCGGAGGGGGGAGAGACGAGGGCAGCCCCCCCCGGCCACUCGCCAUGGGCGACAUCCCCAGCCUGGUGAAGAUCAGCGUGUCGCUGCGGAUCCAGCCCAACGACGGGGCCGUGUAUUUCAAGGUGGACGGGCAGCGCUUCGGCCAGAACCGCACCAUCAAGCUGCUCACCGGGGCCAAGUACAAGAUCGACGUAGCCCUCCGGCCCGGCACCGUCCAGGCCACGACGAUGGGCAUUGGGGGUGUCAAUGUGCCACUGGAGGAGAAAUCGAGGGAUGCUCAGGUGGCCUCUUACACGGGGAUCUACGACACAGAAGGGGUGCCCCACACCAAGAGCGGGGAGAGACAGCCCAUCCAGGUCAACAUGCAGUUUAAUGACAUUGGCGUUUUUGAAACAGUCUGGCAAGUCAAAUUCUACAACUACCACAAACGGGAUCACUGCCAAUGGGGAAAUAGUUUUGGCAGUAUUGAGUAUGAAUGCAAACCAAAUGAAACACGCAGUCUUAUGUGGAUCAAUAAAGAGACCUUCCACUGAAGAGAAGUGCAACCAAUACUGCUGGACAAACUCCUUAAAAAAAAUAUCUACCUUUAUAAACCAGCAAGAAGCCUUAACAAAGGCAUACUGUAAUGUCACUUUGUUCCGUAAGGUUCCAAUAACUCAGUUGUAUGUACUGGUGGUGCCACUGAAAUCUUUGCCUAUUACUGUAUUUCAAGUUUACCAUGGCAUCUGCAACAUUCUUUAUCUAUACCCUGGGAAUACUGUAGGCAUCAUGGUAAAGAAUAUUUUCCUGGGUAGAAAGUCAUCCUAUCAUAAUAGUGUCAUAACUAUCUGGGUUAUGCCCACUAGAUGUAACAACCUUUGUGAAGUGUUUUGCUUUAUUGCUUAGAAUUUGGAUGCGAUAUCUAUCAUGUUGGAAAUUUCCAUAUUUAUAUUUGUUUGCUCCUAAAUCAGUGUGCUCCUUCAGGAAUUUUGUUUCCAUGUCAUCCCAGUGGACAGCAAAAAAGUGCAAAUUAUGGAUGUCUGUAGGUUUAGAUAAAUGGCAGCUACUGCACUGUUGGUAUCAAGGGAUGUCAUAGCAAGGGAUUUGGAAACUCUCCUUUUGUCAAGUGCUGUAAGAUACCCUGGUAUAAAUUUCCUAUUUUGUGAGAUUUGGUAAAUUAGCAUUCUUUGAUGUUAACUCUCCCAGUCUCUGAAAUAGCUUUAGAGAACACUAUAAAACAUGCUAACCUAAAUGAAAAAAAAAGCAAUAAAUUAGUUGUGGUAUUAAAGACAUCUAACAACAUGGCUAGUGUCUAUGUCAAGGUUAUAUAGUCUUGAAAGAUAUAGCAGCCAUCCUUAAUUUAGUUCUUACAGUAAGAGUUCUGAUAGUAAUCUCUGGUUUUCUUUUAAUGAAAUAUUGCUCAAAUCAGUGAAAAUACAUAAAUCAACUUUUUUUAAGCCUGACCAUUGUAUUAUAUCAAAAUUUACAGGAUUUCCAGCCAACAAAAACUCCUCACUUAUUGUGACUGAAGUGCAGAUUCCAAUGCAUCAUGCUCUUUCACAUAAGGAUAAGCAUGUAAGCAAUUGCACAGUUAUGACUAAAGGUGCUACGUAAACACUAGGUCAGUGUUUAACAUAUACAGGCGGCAACAACAACAAAGAAAACAAAUAUAUCUUUUCUUUCAGUAAAUAAACCAGGGAAACAACUAUACUGUCCCAUCCCCUACUUGGGCUGAAGUAAGCUGUCAGUUCUUGCAUAUCUGUUACUCCCUUUGUGAAUAAUUUGUAAAUUGUGUAUGUAAAUGGUAACCAUGACUUUUGAUCUUUGUAAUAAAGGACUUAAAACAAAUUUUUCUCUAGUGUGACCAUCUAAAUGAGCAGAAAAUAUUAUAUCAAAAUUGCAGUGGUUUUAAAAAGUCAGACAGCAGAAGGUACCUAUUCAGUGCUUUCUGAGAAUUCAGUCUGAGGCACUUCGUGUUCAGUGCCCAAAGCUGCUCCUUCUAGGAAAUACAAAUCCAAUGUGCUAGAAUGCAGGUUGUGAAUGUGAUAAUGCUCAGUAGAAAUUGAGAAAAAAUCAACAGCAUUUUGCUGCACUAAUGGUGUGGCAAGUCAAGAUUUAGGACAGAAGUGAAAUACAUUUUUUUUGUCCAUUGAAUUCUUAAUUGAAAAACUUGACUGUUUGUAAAUUUCUACAGACAAAAAAGGCUGACCAUAGUAUUGAUGUAAUAUAUUACCAGAGCAGUAAGCUAGGCAGCUGCAUCUCUGCUCUGAGGCAGUAUUACACAGGCACAUUUCAUUGCUAUGAAAUUCUAGAAAGUCUUCUAAGCU